CCCAACAGUAUGCAGUCUACUAUAAGUGUUAUCCCGCAGAAUCCGUUUAUCCUUCCUGGCAGCAUCAGGCUUAACAUAGAUCUUCACAAGCAAGCUUCGGAUGCCGAGAUGACUUGCGUCUUGAAGCGAGUUGGGCUAGGGGGGUCUGCUCGAGGCACAUGGUCUUGAUAGAUCGGUGGACUAGGAUACGUGGAGCGGCGGGCAGAGACAGAUGUUCUGUUUUGC